GUUGCACAGUGAUCACCACCCACCGACAAUUCUACGCUCAACCCGACCACAUCCACCCGAUUUCUACGAUGCACUUGAUGUACACUCUCGAUGAGGCGGGCAGCCGUGUCUACACCCUCAAGAAGGUUGUCGACGGCAAGGUCACCAAGUCUGCCCACCCUGCCCGCUUCUCUCCCGAUGACAAGUGGUCGCGCCAGCGCGUGACGCUCAAGCGUCGCUUCAACCUUCUGCUUACGCAGCAGAAGGCCGAGUAAAUAUGUCAAUCGCACAAGAAGCAAUCGAAAAACCAUACAUCCGGCCACUCGAUCCCAGCUCCUUCACGGCACCAUGCGCCCGCUGAGAACGACUCAUCCACAACAAAUGGAACAUGAGACAUGGUCUGGCACGGAGGGAGGGUCAACGAAGCCCUCGACAAUUGUUCAAGGCUCGUGAAUACAAGCCCAGGUAUACAAAAAUCGGCGUUGGGGAAAGGCUUGCAUUCAGGGGAUCAUCGGAGUCUUUUUAACUAGGUCCGUGUUACGAUAGAUUGCUCUGCAAUUCCUACAAUCAGAGCGACACUUCCAAAAUCCAAC